AGAUACACUUUAACAAAAGCCUGUUUGUAACUGCAAGUACAUUACGAGUGUUACUGUGAUUACCAGUACCCUACACGUCUUAACAUGACCCCUAUAUCGUAUCAACGCCCAUUUAGUUUUCAGAUUUAAACAAACCUUAUUUAGAGUCAUUUUGAUUUCGAGAAACCACACGAAAACAAUCAACUCUACCGUAGCCUACCCGGGGCCACACUUGGUAGCGCCUGACGCCACGGAGGGGAGUUGCACGCGCGGCGUGCGUGUUUUGUUUGCGAUCGUUUCUCAAACUUGUGUGAGCGAUGGUUCGUUUUUCCUCGCCAAUAACAUCGUUGUUAUAUGGACUGAUGGAGCCGGGCAACGACGAAUUCCAGCCGUGGCGAGACUACAUGGGUCUGGCGGACACGGUGCAGGAAUUGCGGUCUGGAAAGACUUCUGUCGAGUUUAGGACGAGCACCGAAGCCGACCCAAAGGGACCAGAACCUCGAUUUGAGGAACAGGUGUGUGUCACGGCAGUUCGUCAGCGCCACGAGAGCGAAAAGGGGACUGACACGAAACCGGCCAGGAAAGACUUUGCUUAUCCAGGCCCGAACCCGUCAUCCAGGCCCGGAGCAGCAGCGGAAGCCGGUUACAGGCUGCGAAAGAAAGUGCCUCAUUCCUCGCCUCCGGAGAAGUCCUCGCAGCGGCCGUUCUGCAGUUUUUGCAAACACAACGGAGAGUCAGAGACCGUGUACAGCUCCCACAGGUUGCGGGACCCGAAAGGCGACGUUGUGUGCCCGUAUCUGCGGCAAUACGUCUGCCCACUUUGCGGGGCGACCGGAUCUCGGGCUCAUACCAAGAGAUUUUGCCCUCAAGUCGACAGCGCGUACAGCUCCGUGUACGCCAAGCCCAAGCAGUGAAAACCGCGAUCGACCACAAGUCCACCCGAACGUGAAAGUUGUAUGUAAAACGAACCGAACACAUCUUGCUCUUCUAACCGCCGUUUGAGGCCACGAAGCCUAAUGGAGGAGGCCCAAAUUAUGUCACUUUUAAAAGUUGUUUUUAAUGUCGCUCUGAGUGUUUGCGUUUGCCUUUUAUUCUUUUUAAUUAUGAAGGUAUUUUUAAAGCAGCUGGUGGUCGCGUGGGAGUUUGAACGUGGAUUUCAUACCUGCUGUCAAGCUACAUGAUUGAUGUCGCUUUUCCUUUGGUAGUCAUUUGUAGGGUGUGUUAUUUGUAUUGUUUGGUUUAUUAAUGCAUGCUUGAGCACUGCGUGAACAUGAUUUACCUACAUUUUCACACUGGGUUUUUGACGGUUACUUUUCGGAUGUAUGUUUGACAAUGGCCCGAAUGUGGUAGUUGUUGCCCAUUAAAAAGCUGGAAUCAGUCCUUAGCAUGGCUUCAGGUUUACUGUCAUUCCACAUUUGCAGCUUGUCCCCAGAUCAAAACAAAAGGAUCGGAUAUAUUUUUAUGAGACAGUCCUAACUCUGAUCUCGUGUUGUGCCACAGAAACACUCCUACGCGAA